GCGGUUACAUACCUGAGCAACCGGAUCUCAUUGACUCCUUGACCUCGGGUUUAAGAAACAGAGUUCCCUUGACCCGGGAAUAAAUAAACUGAGGAAACCCGCCGCGGCACGUUAUCAUCUAUACGCGAGAGAAUUUACUGAUACUUUCCAUUGAGAUCCCUCGGCCCCGGGGGACUAUCCGAUGUUUACCUCUUUGGCGCCGUAUCACCGGCGAGACCGCUCAAUUACACAGGAAACGUUAGUCCACGGCUAACGUAACAUUACAAAGUGAGAUUAGUCUGUCUGACAUUAUCAUUCUACGACAUUGUAUUGAAAUUUCCGCACAGUCACGUUUCGAUUCGAUUGUACGGAAAUUUACAAAUGUAUUUACACUCGGAGAAAAUAGUAGUGCCCUCGAAUGUGGGGAAGACGAGAGUAUUGUCAUGGAAACUCGGCUACUUUGUCCUGUGCAAAGCACUGUGUGUGGUACUAGCCGAAUGGGGUUUUCAACAGGCACCGUUAAACCGGCAACUGCAGAUGGAUAAUGGAGGCAUGUUCUACAAUACGUAUGGUGUCGGCUGUAAUUUUCAUUGGAAUAUUUAGCCAUUUGACGAGCAAUGUGUACUUCUUGAUUAUCUUGCUUCUGAGCGAAAUCAUAUUUGGACUCGACAGUUUUGGAGAAUGGGAAGACUUGAUUUUGUAUAAACACGAGAAUAAAGCUAUUAUCCAAAAAUCCGUUUGGAGCGACAAAUUGUGCUCUGAUAGUUCAGGUGAAUUCUCAUUGAUGAGACUCACUGACAUUCGACAUGUCGGGAUCUCUACCGAGAUGGGUCUUUAUAUUCUCCAUAGAAAUGGGUUCUUGAUCACUCUCAGUAUGAAAGGAUUAACGAGAGAAGAGAUACAAAACUUAAGAAAAGAAAUUAAUUAUUUCUUAAACAUGAGCCGAUUCAAGUAUCCCGAUCGUUCUUUGAUCAAUCCUUCGGACCAAUUAUUGCUAUCUUUUGAUUCUAAGGAACCUUUGAAAAACUUGCCAAGAUCAUGUCCCAUGUUCAACGAAUUUACUCUCUCAGACAAUGUCUUAGGCAGUACAUUGAAUAGAGCAUGUUAUCGAAUACAGCAGAAUUCGAGUUAUCCGAGUUUAAUGUUCGAAACGCAAUUUGAUAAUUCCCACUUAGCAAAUCUGAAAAGGGGACCUUAUACGGAAAAUUCAACACAUUUCAAUUAUUUCAAGUGUACUAGAAAUAUUCGUAGUAUUCCCACAAUGACAACACGUAAAGCUAUAUAACAUAUAUAUCGUAUUUACUUGUGUUUUAUGGAGAAUGUAAUUAAUCGAAUAUUAUUUAUUCGUAAUGUUCAUUGUCUUCGAAAUUACUAAUAUUUG